AAUUUAAUAUUUUAAGUAUUUGUAUUUUUUACAUUUUAAUUGUAUAAUGUAUUUUUAUGUAUUUAACUGUUUUACCCUUUGAGUGUCCUUAACAAGUUUUCCAUGAUGGAAUCUUCAGAAGAUAUCUUAAUGAGUGGCUCAUUUAACGAGCUAAGGCCCUUAGAGAUUAGGAUGUCAACUUCUAGCGCAUUCUCAGGCUCUUGUAUGAUUAGUUUGGGGAACACAAUCGCAAAAUGUUUAGUUAAUCUACCAAAAAUAUCAACUAAGAAGGCCUCAACUGAAUAUGGUCAAUUUACUCUUGAACUAACCUCAAAUUAUCUGUAUCACACUCCAAAGUAUCUGGAAACAUUAAAAUCGCAUAUCAUUGAAACAUUCGAAAGACACAUUCUCUUACAAAAUUACCCAUCGCAAAUCAUCGAGGCCUAUAUCAUCGUUUCAAAUGACGAUGGAGGUCUGCUUCCAGCCCUCAUUAUGGGAAUGUGCCUCUCCCUUAUUGACUGUGGAAUACAAGUGUACGAUGUAAUUUCAGCCUGUUCAGUGUGCAUUUUUAAAGAUCAAGAUGGAAAUGUAAUAACUGGACUAGAUUUCAACAAAAACGAAUUAUCUUAUUAUCAGUCUAAGGAUCCUGACCUCACUGUGGUGAACUUAGGGUACUGCUGUCAUUUACACAACGUAGCUUUUUUGGAAUCAAAGGGGAAUUACUCAUCUGAACAUAUAGGAAAAGCGUUAGAAGUCGCCGAGGUGGCCUGUAAUUUAAUUUCUGGAGAGUUAUUUAAAAUUUUAAAGGAAAAUCACACUUGGAGAUGUGAAAAGUCCAAUUUCACGUUACAAACAGAAUACAUUCAGCCUGAUGUGGAUUUAAAUAAAUGAAUGUAGUAGUAAAUAUG